AUGGCCAAGAAUCUUCCAGAGAACUGUGAGGACUGUCACAUUCUAAAUGCAGAAGCUUUUAAACCCAAGAAGAUAUGUAAAUCACUUAAGAUUUGUGGAUUGGUUUUUGGUAUCCUGGUCUUAACCCUAAUUGUUCUGUUUUGUGGGGGCAAGCACUUCUGGCCAGAGACACCCCAAAAAACAUAUGACAUGGAGCACACAUUCUACAGCAAUGGAGAAAAGAAGAAGAUUUACAUGGAAAUUGACCCUGUGACCAGAACCGAAAUAUUCAGAAGUGGAAAUGGCACUGAUGAAACAUUGGAAGUACAUGACUUUAAAAAUGGAUACACUGGCAUCUACUUUGUAGGUCUUCAAAAAUGCUUUAUCAAAACUCAGAUCAAAGUGAUUCCUGAAUUUUCUGAACCAGAGGAAGAAAUAGAUGAGAAUGAAGAAAUUACCACAACUUUCUUUGAACAGUCAGUGAUUUGGGUCCCAGCAGAAAAGCCUAUUGAAAACCGAGACUUUCUUAAAAAUUCCAGAAUUCUGGAGAUUUGUGAUAAUGUGACCAUGUAUUGGAUCAAUCCCACUCUAAUAGCAGUUUCAGAAUUACAAGAUUUUGAAGAGGAUGGUGAAGAUCUUCACUUUCCUACCACUGAAAAAAAGGGCAUUGAACAAAAUGAGCAGUGGGUUGUCCCUCAAGUGAAGGUGGAGAAGACACGUCACACCAGACAAGCAAGUGAAGAAGAACUGACAGUAAAUGACUACACUGAAAAUGGAAUAGAAUUUGACCCCAUGCUGGAUGAGAGAGGUUAUUGCUGUAUUUACUGCCGUCGAGGCAACCGCUACUGUCGCCGUGUCUGUGAACCUUUACUAGGUUACUACCCAUAUCCAUACUGCUACCAAGGAGGGCGGGUUAUCUGUCGUGUUAUCAUGCCUUGCAAUUGGUGGGUGGCCCGUAUGCUGGGGAGGGUCUAG